AUGCUCAAAGAAAGUGCACAUAAAGUGUUUGUCGAAAUGCCCAAGAGAAGGUGUUUUAAAUGUUUGGCUUCAAUGAAGUAUGCAGGUUCUCAUGAUAAUUCCUCUGAGGUGAGAUCUCUUUUUUCACAGUUGACAAUGAGAAGAAUGUUGGUAUUGAACAAUGUAAAAGAAUUCAACAUGUGUCAAACAUAUGCCUAUGUCUAA